GUCGCGCGCAGCUUAAAGUAACACGCACAACGAGCGUGAAGAAUCCCACGAAAGCCACGCGAUCAGCGCGACUCCAAUCAGGCGGAGAUCAGCGCGGUCGGUAACGAACCCGGAAAAUUUACCCCACGGAGAUCACGCAGGCCCGAGUCAAUCAAGCGGAAAUCUAAACAGGUGGUAUUCACAGAACACCCCCUGAUGGGGGGCAAUUGUUGGGCAUGUGACUCGGACCUAGCCGCGCCAGAGGAACACACCGACACUACCCCAAAUGCCGCCAAACCCGUCAGGACGCGACGCGACCGAAGACCCCCAGCGCGGUCCAGCGCGAAGAUCCAAGCGCGGUUCAGCGCGAAGGAUCGAGCGCGACACUGUGAAGGCGGACCGGCGCGAAGACCUCGAGCGCGGCACAGGCUACGCACACGUGGAAGGAUCAAAGCGUGGACCAGACCAAAGAGCCGCAGAAAGCAUCGUCUCGCUUCCCGAGGGGUAGUCACAUCAGGAUACAAGCAUAGUCAUAGGUAAGCCUCUGACAUGUCCUAGGUAUAGGCAUGGCCUAAAUCCCUGACAUGUCAGUGGUCAUGUCAUUGUACCAUCAUGUAGCUCAACCACUCACCCACCACCAUGUAGCCUAUAAAUAGGGCAUUUACUC